CAAAUAAAAUAAAAUCACAGUGGACAUCAAAGCUUCCCUCAACAUCAAAACUCCUUCAGCCCCCCAAAGAGAACAAACCCCCAAAAGAAGAAAGAAAAUCAAAGGGAGAAAAAAUAAAAAUAAAAAUAAAAAUAAAAUUAAAGGAAGAAGAUGGUGUACACUUACACUCCAACAUACUACUCCUCAUUCCAAGACACUCUAACUUCUCUCUGCAAGUCAAUCCUUCUUCCUUUCUCUCUCAAGAAUCGGCGGCUGCCCGGAGAUCAGAAGUUCGCCAAGAAGCAGUCUGAUAACCUCAAAUGGCAGCAGGAGAGCUUCCACAAGAUCUUGAACUUGAUUGGGUUGAACAAGGAAGGGAUUGUGGCUGAUGCCGAGGUAUUGAGGUUUCGGUAUCAUCUUCUUGAUACUCUCAUUGCAUCUCCUAGUGAGCAGGAACCAGUUGGGUUGAUCAGAGAUAAGCUGCUGUUCUUGCAGGAACUAUUCUAUGCAAAAUGCAUCUCUGCUGAUGAAUACCACUCCUCCAAGAGGCCACUCCUUCAACGCCUCGCGAUCCAAGGCGUUGAGCUCGACUGCAAAGAUGUAAUCAUCGGAGAUCCAACAGCAACAACAACAAAAUCUCAAGAAGAUGAAGAAGAAGAACAGUGGUCAGUCAUUGAGCUCAGAGACAAAGAAACGCCAACCUCAGCUGAAAAAACCAAAAAACACAAAACCCCCAUAAAAUCUCUCAUCAACUGGAAAAACAAAGACACGAGAGCCAGAGAUAAGAACACUGAGACUGCUACCCCUUCAAUCCUCAUGCCCGACUCCUCUGAAAAGUCCAAACGGAAGCCUUUUCGUUCAUUGUUCGAUAAAGAGCAGAAAUGGAAGUUUGAUGGUCUAAAGAAAUGGAAGAAAAAUAGUAAUUGUGAUCAAGGAGAGCCUUAUCUUUUAUCAGAGGACAGAUCAGAUGAUAAUUCUUCUUCAGUCAAUUGCACUCUUGUUGCUAGUCCUAUAGGUGAAGGUCCUGAUACAAAGAGAAUUAAGAAGAAGAUUCAUUCGAAUGGGGCCUCUUCAGAUUUCUUCAUUGAUAAGGUUUUGGGUGAUAACAUAAAGAAGGAGCUUUCUCGUAUUCAAACUGAGUUAUCUGCAACUCAUCCAAACCUCAACUUAUCGGAUGAUCAAAUGGAAGCAAUAUCGACUAGGCUCCCCGUUGACAAGGCUGACUUGAACAAUUUCUUCCCUAAGUCGUGGUGCGAUAAAUAUGGAGACAUUGUGAUUGAUGUCGUGAAGAAGGAAUUCAAAGAACAUGUUGGGGAGAUGAAGGAGAAGAAUGAGAGUGGUUCGACGAGAUGGGUGGCUUUUAAAGAGAAUGAGGAGAACUAUAAUCCAAACCUCUUUUUUCGGGAUCAUGCUGCUUUGAAUCCAGGAAGGAACUAUGAUGGUGGUAGAGAUUCUUUUGUGAACAAUCCGUUCAUUGAUGAUGAUGAUCAAAAUCUGAUCAAUGCAGCAAGCAAGAAGGAGAAUGAUGGUAGUAGAGAUUGUUUCUUGAACAACCCUUUUGUUGAUGACCAGAAUCCUUUCUGGGUUUCAAGGAAUUGAGUGAUGUUCUAGUGUUGUAAUUGUUUGUUGGACCCUUUAUUUUUUAAUGUGGAAACAGUUUGCACUUUUUAUGUAUCAGAUGAUCCAAAUGGGUUUUGGAUCUAAUAAUAGUCUAGCUUUGUUUUGAUAA